CGGGGGAGGGAGGGAGGGAGGAGAAACGCCGCCUUGUUUUUGAAGCAUGCACAUAUUCUCUGGACUUCAUAUUUGCAGAGCGGGACGGAUCGUGUAACGCUUUUGCUAUCACAGCGCGAGGCAGAGGAUAGCAGAGAGGAUGCUUCGAGAAGACUGGCUGUUGCAGUGCAUGUGCCGUAAGAUGGAGACAUAUUGGGGCUAAGGAUCGUAACACGGAGGAAAUAUGUUGAUCUGCACAGGAUGCAUGCCUUCCCUGGCGUCGUUUCUCGCCUGUAAUAUGUAGCGACGACCGAGCAGCUUUUGCUUUGAGGCUCCCGUGAAAAGCGUCGCUCAUCCCCGGCUGGAGCAGAGCAACCUCCCCCAGGUUCAGUGUCGAUUUGGCGGAGAGAUGCCCCGCUAAAAGUGCGCUGUCCGCGGUGCUGAAGGGAUCCCGCAGCUCCUCGGGUCCUGACCUUCUCUCCCCAAAAUCCUUCUCCCGCAACAAGACACAGGAAGGUGGGCAAAAAAAAGCAGGCCACCGCACAUGGACAACUGCUGGGCUUGACUUGAGUCAGCCUGGACACUAUUCUCUUUCAUGGCUGUGGCACGCAAAAUCAAAACUUUGCUGACCGUCAACAUCUUGGUGUUCGUGGGGAUUAUCCUGUUCUCGGUGUACUGCAGGAUCCAGGACCGGUCCGAGGAGAUCAUCCAGAUGGGGCGUAUGUCCGACCAGAGGCUGCGAGCCAGGAAUGGUAAAGUUUCCAACUUGGUGGACAGGCAGUCUAUUCUGCAGAGGCUGGAGAGGCUGGAGGACGUGGUCUACAACCAGCUGAACGGUUUGGCGAAGCCCAUGGGUCUGGUUGAGGGUCCCGGAGGUCUCGGUCAGGGCGGGGCUGCUGCCACUCUAGGGGAGGACAGUCUCGAUGUGGAGGGGAAAUACGAGGAGUACGGAUACAACGCUCAGCUCAGCGACCGCAUCUCCCUGGACCGGAACAUCCCCGACUACAGGCCCAAGAA